GAUCGAUUAACUUUCUCAGAGUUGUCUCCAAGGUCACAUGAAACUCAAAGAGAAGGAUGAAAAGCGCCGUAACUAUGUCAUUUCACUCUUCAAAGAAUAUCUACUUCGUGAGCAUCGGAGUGAUUUGAUUCACAUCGCGACCCAUCCCCCUCAUGUGCAUGCUGCAUUGGUUGUGCAUUUCAACUGUCUGUGUGAAUUUAGCAGUGUUUUCUCUGAACUGCUUCUGACCAAACCCCAAGGCACCAUUCAAUUGCUGGACGAGGGGCUGGUCAGCGCCUUGGACACUGAUAUCGGCGAUAAAGCCAUACCCGCCCGGAUUCCAAAUGUUCAUGUUCGUCUUACAGCUCUUCCGGUCAUUCCCGAGGUCCAUAGAACCACUAUUCCCUAUUCUUCCGAUGUCGGAAAGUUUAUUGCUCUGCGAGGUACCGUCAGCCGCGUGGGUCCGGUUCAGGUUUUAGAGGGACGCACAGCGUAUGUGUGCUCGAAAUGCGGUUAUCGCUUGUUUGUUGAUGCGGAUUUUGAAAAUGCUUUUAUUCCGAAAAUUCCUCGGCGUUGUCCAAAUCCUGAAUCACCGUGUAACUCAACCUCCUUUGCACCACUAUCUAAAGGAGUGUUUUAUGCAAAGAACUACCAGGAAAUACGCGUUCACGAGCCAUUCAGAUCACUUUCUGUGGGUGUGAUGCCCCGAUCGAUACGUGUUUGUCUUGAAGAUGAUUUACUUGAAUGUGUAAAACCAGGCGAUGAUGUCGUUAUCAACGGGAUUGUGAUGCGACAAUGGCACCUCCCAAAGCUUGGUGCUCCGUGUGAUAUUUCAUUGUGGAUCAAAGCCAAUUUUGUGGAAAAUUUAUCCGAACUUAGAGCAGGCGUCACUUCCAGUCGUUUGCCAAGUGAUCGUAUCCACGAUUUUGAAACCUUUUGGUCACGAUACUCCACCUUUGAGCAGGCUUUGGAAGGUCGGAAUAUUUUGAUCCGAAGUAUUUGCCCGGAGGUCUGUGGCAUGUACCUCAUCAAACUGUCUCUUGCAUUAAUUCUGGCAGGCACUCCGGAGCAGAGCUCUUCAGCGCCCGAUCAAAUCGCUGCUCCGACUGAUCUGAGACCUCGUACACGUGGCAGUCCUCAUCUCUUAUUGAUCGGCGACCCAGGAACAGCCAAAUCAGUACUGCUACGUGCAGCCACCAAUCUAAGCAACCGUGGAGUGCUCACCGCUGCGACAGGGACCACUGCUGCCGGUUUGACCGCCUCCGCUAUCCGAGGUCCCGAUGGGUGGAGCCUCGAUGCUGGUGCUCUUGUUUUGGCCGAUGGUGGAUUGUGUGCCAUUGAUGAGUUUACCUCUCUGCAUGGCGCUCAUCGCUCCUCCGUACACGAGGCAAUGGAACAACAGACUAUCAGCUUGGCGAAGGCCGGUUUGGUCACCCGACUAAAUUGUCGUUGUUCGGUUCUGGCCGCCGCAAAUCCCACUUCUGGCUUCGAUUUGCAGAUGGGUGACAUCGGACUUCCUACCUCGCUGCUCAGCCGCUUCGACUUGGUUUGGCGGUUAGUUGACCCUCUGAAUUCAAACAGUUGGGAUCGAAAAGUUGCCGAUUUUGUCCUGAAACUCAGUGUUAAACAGAACACACAUCCAACACGGAAGCUUUGGUCUGCGGAUCGGUUGAGAGAGUACUUUGUCUGGGUGCGACAGGAGUUCAAACCACAGUUGACGAAACCAGCUGCUAACCUGCUUCGAAACUACUACGUUUGGCGACGAGGAACCAUGAACACUUGUGGCCCGUAUGCUGAUUCCACAGAACAAGGACGCACGACAUUACGUCUACUCGAGAGCCUUGUUCGGCUAACGAAGGCCCAUGCUCGCCUAAUGGCUCGAUCAGUGGCUGGUGUUGAGGAUGCCGUGGUUGUGGUUGCCUUGAUGGACGCGUCUCUACAGUCCACCACUCCGCAUGCCGCUGGGCCCGGAGUCACAGGUUGCUCAGCCUACAUGACCACUCCUGAAGCCAUUGUGGCUUGUGAUAUCCCCGCGGAUGCCGCGUCGGAAUAUCGGAAAUGGGAGCCGGCCAUCUUGCGAUCGCUUUCUGAAGUCAAAGCCAGUGAUGAGGUUAUCAACCUAAACGAACCGCUUCCUGAGCAACAAGAAGACCUUAGCCCGGAGGAGGAAAAUGAGGCGGAGCGCCCGGACGAUGAAGGUGAGAACGAAAUUUCGCCCACAGCUCAUGGGUUUUUGAGUGAUGAGACCGAUCCUCACCUGUCAGCCGCUCCGCUAUUUACAUCUACCCAGUUGAAAUCACAACCUAGCCCCGAGCAGCAUGUAGCCAGGACGCGCGAACGGCUCUCCGCCUUCGCAUUCAGAAAGAGACCGCUCACCAGCAACGGGAAAUUCCCGAAUGACGGAUCACCACCCCCGAGUUCUUCCAUUAAGCAUUCAAAAUGUAUCGAAUCCUCCAACGAUGUGUGUUGCCUUCCUAAUACACCUUCCGAACCUUGUCCUACUUUGUCUUCCGAUGGAAUUUCACAUGGCAACUUUGAUGCUGUUUCAUUUUGUAAAUCGCCUAAUCCAAAUGCAAGAUUAUCACCUCUAUCGUUUUUGCCUAUUUAUCGUCAGUUGACAGAUGCGGAUUUCGAGAUUGACCUGUAAGACUCUUCAACCCUGCCCUUUUGUUACACUUAUCCCACUACCUCGCCAAUUUUACUGCCUCUCGCGUUUUCGUAUGUCUUCAUUAAUUUCUCCGCUUCAGCCAACCACCACUUUCAUGCUCCCUCUGUACAUAGCACUUUUCUCAAGUUUUGAUCUAUACUACCUUAUCAUAAACGAUUUCUUGUAAUCAUCU